UGAGUUUCACCAGCAAGUAACAAAACAAAAUAAAUUGAACACAAGUGUAUAUUUACCAUUUUACGAAUUUACCAGAACUUGUGAAUGGAUUUCUGUUACUAAAGCGGGCAAAGUGAGUUAGAGUUUGCGUUUUGCCACGAUGACGACAUUGCUGUCUAAGCGGACUGUGGGCGUUUCGAGGGCGCCCAGCCGCUAGGCGGUGCGGAUCAUGUCCGAAGCGGGAAGGCCAAUCAAAAGUGGCGCAUCGCGAAAUCCCGAAGGUGCGGAAUCUUCUGGACACGCCGCGGGAGCGUUUCAGGAAUGCGCAUCCGAGCAACAUUUAUGCCUGGGGGGCGGCACAGGUACUUCACGCUCUGACCUUUCAGUUAGGACUUCAAAGGUCGCCCGUGAGCCAGUGGGUCUCCUUCUGACAAGAAGAAUAGUGGGAUUACUUCUCGAGGCCUUGUUUGUGUCCUCUGAUUCUUCCAUGCCACUGAGUGUGGAUCACAUGACCUCGCCCCCCACCCAGUCUCCGAUGAGCUCCAUGGUGGGACACCCGUCCGUCAUCAGCACCUCCCUGAACCCAGCACGGCCCCUACCCUCCCCUAUGGGUGUCAUGGGUUCUCCCAUAAACGGGCUGGCCUCCCCCUAUUCCGUCAUCACCUCGUCGCUUGGCUCCCCCUCGGUCUCCUUGCCAUCUACGCCUGGGAUCAACUACGGAGCACUUAACAGUCCACAGCUGAGCAACGUGAGCAGCACAGAGGACAUCAAACCCCCCCUCGGACUUGUGGGGAUGGGCAGUGUAGGGGGGUACCAGUGCACCAGCCCCGGCUCCAUGUCCAAACACAUAUGUGCAAUAUGUGGGGAUCGCUCAUCAGGGAAGCACUACGGCGUGUACAGCUGCGAGGGCUGCAAAGGCUUCUUCAAGAGAACCAUCCGGAAGGACCUCACCUACACGUGCCGGGACAGCAAAGACUGCCUGAUCGACAAGCGACAGAGGAACCGGUGCCAGUACUGCCGCUACCAGAAGUGUCUGGCCAUGGGCAUGAAGAGGGAGGCCGUCCAAGAGGAGAGGCAGAGGAGCAAAGAGAGGAGCGACAACGAGGUUGAAUCCACCAGCAGCUUCAAUGAGGACAUGCCCGUGGAGAAGAUCCUGGACGCUGAGCUGGCGGUGGAGCCUAAAACAGAAGCCUACAUGGACGCCAGCCCAGGGAACUCAGGUUUUCAUUUUCCACACCUCACCUUGUUCUGCCCCCCCCACGCCCCCCGUCAGACUAAUGACCCCGUCACCAACAUCUGCCAAGCUGCAGACAAACAGCUCUUCACCCUGGUGGAGUGGGCGAAGCGUAUCCCUCACUUCUCGGAGCUGCCCCUGGACGACCAGGUCAUCCUGCUACGAGCAGGGUGGAACGAGCUGCUCAUAGCCUCCUUCUCGCACCGCUCCGUGACGGUCAAAGACGGCAUUCUGCUGGCCACCGGGCUGCACGUGCACCGCAGCAGCGCACACAGUGCCGGCGUGGGCUCCAUCUUCGACCGGGUGCUGACAGAGCUGGUGUCUAAGAUGAAGGACAUGCAGAUGGACAAGACAGAGCUGGGCUGCCUGCGUGCCAUAGUGCUCUUCAACCCAGAUGCCAAGGGUUUGUCGAACCCAGCCGAGGUGGAGGCCCUGAGGGAGAAGGUCUAUGCAUCCUUGGAGUCCUACACCAAGCAGCGGUACCCGGAGCAGCCUGGCAGAUUUGCCAAGCUGUUACUACGCCUGCCCGCCCUCCGCUCCAUCGGCCUGAAGUGUCUGGAGCAUCUUUUCUUCUUCAAGCUCAUUGGAGACACGCCCAUCGACACCUUUCUCAUGGAAAUGCUGGAAGCCCCACACCAGGUCACAUGACAGGAAGCCGCUCUCUGUAAAUAUUCCCGGACCUCUGUAAUUGACAGAAAGACCUGAGUAUUUUGUACUAAGCACAAUUACUAAUGUGAACCUUUGUAUCAGGGCUUAAAAACUACACUGUUAAGAUAAACCUAAAAGAAGUGUAAAGAACCUUUUUUUGUAAAUAGUUUAUUUCGAUUACCCAGUUUAACAACAAAUUAAUGCAAUUUUAAAACUUUUUAUUCAGUGAUAAAACAAGAACUGAGUCACCAGCCUGGAGUUUCUAAAAUGCCUGUUAGAUUUCUGUGAGAAUAAAACGACAGCAUCGAAA